CAGGGUGUGUAGAAAUGGGGAAAUCCAGUAUUGCAGUUCCAGAAAGUGUUGGAGAAGUCAGACUGCCCGUAAUUCGGAAAGGAGGAUCAGAUGGAAAGCUUACUGUCCAAUACACAACUGUGGAUGGAUCAGCCAGCGCUCGCACAGAUUAUCUACCAGCGAGUGGAUUAUUGGUUUUUCAGGAUGGAGAAAUUCUAAAGACAAUUACCCUCGUAAUUGUGAAUGACAAUAUACUUGAGCCCAACGAAAGUUUUCAGGUUAAACUCAGAAAUAGCAUGAAUGCAAUAGGAGUUACUGACCCUCGUCUGCUUGGAUCUGCUACGUCGACACUCAUUGAAAUUGUUGACGAUGAUUUCAAAGCGGGAUUCAUAGAAAUUGGAAAAACCAGGAUUACAGUUCCAGAAAGUACUGGACAAGUUACAUUGCCAGUAGUUCGGAGAGGAGGGUCAGAUGGGAAACUUACCGUCGAAUACACAACUGUGGAUGGAUCAGCCAGUGCUCAAACAGAUUAUUUACCAGCGAGUGGAUUACUAAUUUUCCAGGACGGAGAAAUUCUAAAGACAGUUACUGUCAUAAUUGUGAAUGAUAAUAUACUUGAGCCCAACGAAAGUUUUCAGGUUAAACUCAGAAACAGCAAGAAUGCGGUAGGAGUUACUGACCCUAGUCUACUUGGACCUGCUGUGUCGAGUGUUAUUGAAAUUGUCGACGAUGACUUCAAAGCAGGAUGCAUAGAAAUGGGAAAGCCUAGUGUUACAGUUCCAGAAAGUACUGGACAAAUUAUAUUGCCAGUAGUUCGGAGAGGAGGAUCAGAUGGAAAGCUUACCGUUGAAUACACAACUGUGGAUGGAACAGCCAGAGUUCAUACAGAUUAUUUACCAGCGAGUGGAUUACUGGUUUUCCAGGAUGGGGAAAUUCUAAGGACAAUUACCGUCAUAAUUGUGAAUGAUAAUAUACUUGAGCCCAAUGAAAGUUUUCAUGUUAAACUCAGUAAUACCAUGAAUGCGGUAGGAGUUACUGAUCCUGGUCUUCUUGGAUCUGCUGUGUCGACAUUAAUUGAAAUAGUUGACGACGACUUCAAAGCAGGAUACAUCGAAAUGGGAAAGCCCAGCAUUACAGUUCCAGAAAGUACUGGACAAAUUAUAUUGCCAGUAGUUCGGAGAGGAGGGUCAAACGGAAAGCUUACCGUCGAAUACACAACUGUGGAUGGAUCAGCAAGUGCUCAAACAGAUUAUGUACCAUCGAGUGGCGUAUUGGUUUUCCAGGAUGGGGAAAUUCUAAAGACAAUUACUGUCGUAAUUGUGAAUGAUAAAAUACUUGAGCCAAACGAAAGUUUUCAAGUUAAGCUCAAAAACAGCAAGAAUGCAGCAGGAAUUACUGAUCCUGCUCUGCUUGGACCUGCUGCUUCAAUUCUUAUUGAAAUUGUUGACGAUGAUAGUAAUCCAGCUCCAUUACUGGAGAGGAACGUUGAAUUUUCCUUCCGUUCUACGAAUAUCCGUGUAAGAGAAAAUGCGGGAGUUGUUAGGUUUCAUAUUAAACGCACAGGCGAUUCUUCAGUUCCAGUAUCUAUAUUUUUGAUUACACGAGACGGCACCGCCAAAGGAGGGGAAGACUACCGUCGCACUCGUGGCACCAUAUCGUUUGCAUCCGAUGACAUUGAACUAACUCUGCAAAUCAACCUAAUUGACGAUGACAAACCAGAACUUGAUGAAACUUUUCAGAUAUUAUUAUCUAAACCUUCAACUGGCGCUAUAAUACCCGGACGAGAUAUACUAACAAUUACCAUAGAGGAUGAUGAUAAUCAGGGUAAUACAAAGCAAACGGAAAAUACAUCCGUUCAGUCUGUGCAUAAAAAUAUUCAACCACCAAUAUCUGAAUCUUAUUUCAUUGCUAGCGUAAUGUCACAAGGAAACUCUCAGGCGUCGGCCCAAAUAAGUUCAUCACAACAUAUUCUUUCGAAGCCUGCUUUAUUAGAAGGAACAUCUCAAUCUAAUUCUCAGCUUGAUAAAAUCUCGCAGUCAUCAGUGCUAACAAGCUCGUCAUCACAUUUAUUCUUCCCCAAGCUAAAUGUUGCCGGAGGAGCGAUAUCUCAAGUUAGUAACUCUGGAGAUUACUCUCAGACAUCAUUGCAAUUGAGUUCGUCUCAACUACCUAAGCUUCCACAAUCAGAAGGAAUUAUAUCUCAAACAGGUUCUCAGUCUAUAACUUCCUCACAGAUACAAUCUCAACAAAGUUCAACUCACUCAUUGACGUCCAAACCCAAAGAAGGGACGUCUCACUUAAGUUCUCAAGCUCAGUCCGGUUCGCAGGUUGUGAAUAUUGCGCAAACGUCAUCACAAAUGAUCUCGUCGCAGCAAUCGAGUUCGUCGUCGCAAAUGAGUUCGUCAUCGCAAUCCAGUUCGUCGUUGCAAAUGAGUUCUUCAUCCCAUCAUUUACAAGGAACAAUAUCUCAAGCCAGUUCCGCAUCUGGCGAUUAUUCAAAACUUUCAUUACAGCAGAGUUCAGCGCAUUUUCUUUCCCAGCCUCCGUCUUCAGAAGUGGUGCCUCAGUCUGGUUCUCAUCUGUUGCUGAAUUCCAAUGAAUGUGCUACUGGUCUCAUUUACAAAGAAUGUACUCCUUCUUGUCCAAAGACUUGCCAGAAUAUGAAUAUUGAGCAAUCACCCUGUGCAGCCAAAGGAUGCAUACGUGGUUGUCAUUGUCCAGAAGGCUAUGUGAAGGAACAUGCUUCAUCGAACAACUGCAUAUUACCACAGCAAUGCAAAAAUUAGGAGCUAAUGCAUUUGUCUCUAAAAUAAGUUUGAGAUUAGAAGUGGUUAAGACUGACUUACAGUGCUAGUUUCAUUUACAGUAUAGAAAAAUUUUCUAUAUUUUAAAGGGAAAAUGAAAAUAAACCGGAAAAAAGAAGAAAUAUACUAUGUAUAUAGUGCAC